AUGCAGCGUCUGAUCUGCUUUGGGGAAUGGCUUGUGGACAUUGCCUUCAGCUUUGCAGAGCAGUUGCCGAAAUGGCGCGACCAAGCCCUGCGGAGCAGCAGUCCGGUGUUCUUCCUCUUUCGCUGCCUGGUUUUGAGUUCGCCUUGCCCCAGCGAGAGUCCAUGCAAGGAUUUGGUAUGCUUGAUUCAAGCACAAGGAAUGGCAGGGCUGGCGGGGGACAUCAGUCUUUACAUUCGGGCCCUCAGGCUGCAAGUGCAGGAUGAUGGCCGGCUUUCUGAGGAUACUUGUCCGGAGCCUGACUUAGCCCAAUGCCUUCGUCAGCGGUUUGGACUGGGCAUGUUCCCGCUCAUUUACCUCAACAACGGCUAUUCAUUGCAGAAGAGAUGUCGGGAUCUCCUUAGCCGACACGGGGCAAAUGCCCAAGCUUGCACUGUAAACAGUGUUGUGGCUGCCGCUGUACAGCAGCACAGCGGGGUCCCGGCCUACGCCCUCGGCAUGUUCGCGUUCAGCUACUUCAACGACCUGGCCGUCUAG